AUGUUCGUCAAAGGUUGGCUGGCCUUCCUCACAUUCUUCUGGUUCGCAACGGCUCCUGCUGCUGCCGGUUUUUGGGUUUUUGUGCGUCUUCCAUGUGUCGCUGUGGACACGGAUUGGUUUCGAGGGUGCUCGGAGUACAACCACAUCAGAUACAAUGGAUCCUUGCUUACCUGCACCCACGCGUGCGUUCCAGACUUGGACUAUUCGUGCUACCGUUAUGAGUGGGAACAAGAGCCAUGCCUUGUUUUUAGCCAAGCCGCUUAUGGGAAGUGCUACAAAGGUGUAUGUUAUAGUGACGCAGAGUAUAGAAAGUUGGCCGCGAUGAAAGCACCCGACACUCGGAUGCCGUGCAAGCAUGGAAACGAUUACUUAUAUAAUAACUGGGGACCACUUGGCUGCCAUUUUUACUGCCGCGAACGUCCCCACGAUAUUGCCAUGCGUCCUGACGGCAAUGACUGUCAGAACCCGGCGACAGCACGCCAGGGCGGAUGUUCGAAGGGCGCCUGCUAUCUUGGAUACCAGCGAAGUUGAAUGGAGACGCGCG